GUUGCUUCUUAGUCACCCUAACUUGAUAGAAUUGGAGAGGUUAUGACGUUUUUCAGUCAUAAUAAUAAGUUGUCACAGAGAUAUUUGUAUUUAUUUACCUCAUAAAAUAUGUUUUCAUUUACAACUCACAAUCAGAUUUUAUUCAACAUAGGUACAAAGUCAGGUUCUAGAAGGACAAAUAAUGUACUAAAACCUUCUAAAGCAACUCAACAUAAAUUCAAAACGAGUUCCUUCUUAGUUAAAUUAUGGCAAAAAAAGAUACAAGAAUCUAUACAAAGGGCUCUGUUAGGCUUAAAAAAUGUGGCUGCCAGCACUAUUUCUACUACUGAUGUUGUUAACAUGAAACUAAUAAAUCCAGACGAAAUAGUUAAUGACAUCAGAUCAUUAUUACACCCAUGGCACCGGUCAUACGUAUCUAAACAAACAUUCAAUGAAAAUAAAAUGUGCUACACAUUACAUCAAGGGGACAAUGUCAAUAGUAGAACUACACUUAGUGAUAAAUUAAAUCAAUCCAGUUACUUAAUAAAUGAUAUAAUGUUUAAUUUUACUAAAAGAUCUAUAAUUUCACAUGGUAUGCAUGUACGAUGCUUUAAGACAGAGCGGUCAGUUCAAGCUGAAUCUCAAAGAAACCCAUCAGUAUCAUCCCGCCUAAAGAAAGCUAUGGGUCUAGGUUCAAAAUCAGAUAAUACCAUCCAAUCUGAAAACCUAACCAAGCUUUUACAAUUAGAAGAUGUUAAUAUGUCAAGUGACCAGAGGCAUAAAAUUAAAGUAGCCUUUGCUGAAGGAUAUCUGGCUGGUAGUGGUCCUGGUGGCCCAAAUAAAACGAGUAAAACUAAAAUGUAUCUAAAGUUAUUUCAACAACUAUUGACGAUUACAAUAUUUUUAGCAAUAUUUGUUAGUUUGAUGGCUAGUGCAACAGGCUCAGUAUUUAGGAUUCAGUUAGGAAACCAAGUUGAAGUUGACCCAGAAGAUAUACAUGUUACAUUUGAUGAUGUUAAAGGUGCAGAUGACGCUAAACAAGAGCUAAAGGAAGUAGUUGAAUUUUUGAAGAGCCCUGACAAAUUCUCAACUUUGGGAGGAAAAUUACCAAAAGGAGUGUUACUUGUUGGACCACCAGGCACAGGAAAAACAUUAUUGGCUCGUGCUGUAGCUGGUGAAGCAGGAGUACCAUUCUUUCAUGCAGCAGGCCCCGAAUUUGAUGAAGUUCUUGUUGGACAAGGAGCAAGAAGAGUUAGAGAUUUAUUUAAAGCUGCCAAGGAGAGAGCUCCCUGUGUUAUUUUUAUAGAUGAAAUUGACUCAGUGGGAGCUAAACGUACGAAUAGUGUUUUGCAUCCUUACGCUAAUCAAACUAUCAAUCAAUUGCUGUCGGAAAUGGAUGGAUUUCAUCAAAAUGAAGGUGUAAUUGUGCUAGGUGCAACAAAUAGACGAGAUGACUUAGACCAAGCUCUUCUUAGACCAGGCCGAUUUGAUGUUGAGGUUUCAGUUCCUACUCCAGAUUACGUUGGCAGAAAAGAAAUUCUUAUUCUAUAUUUAGGACGUGUUUUAUGCAAAGAUAUAGAUAUAGAAUUGCUAGCUCGGGGGACAACUGGUUUCACAGGUGCCGACUUAGAAAAUAUGGUGAAUCAAGCAGCUUUACGUGCUGCAAUAGAUGGUGCUGAGACUGUAAAUAUGAAACAUUUGGAAAGUGCACGGGAUAAAGUACUUAUGGGCCCUGAGAGGAAGGCUCGAUUACCAGAUGAGGAAGCAAAUAAAAUCACUGCUUAUCAUGAAGGUGGACAUGCCAUUGUUGCAUAUUAUACUAAGGAGUCCCAUCCACUUCACAAAGUAACCAUCAUUCCAAGGGGACCUUCAUUGGGCCACACCGCAUAUAUACCAGAAAAAGAACGUUACCAUGUUACUAAAGCACAACUGCUGGCCAUGAUGGACAUAAUGAUGGGAGGUAGAGCAGCUGAAGAACUAAUAUUUGGUCCUGACAAGAUAACAUCUGGUGCAAGUAGUGACCUGAAACAGGCAACUUCAAUUGCAGCGCAUAUGGUGAAAGAUUGGGGUAUGUCAGAGAAAGUAGGACUUCGUACCAUGAAUAAUGACAAGCCUGCGGGCCCCAAUGGCACUAUGGAACAGCUAGGACCACAUACCUAUGAACAAGUCGACCUAGAAAUAAAACGAAUCAUGUCUGAGAGUUAUGAAAGAGCAAAGAGCAUUCUACGGGCCCACGCUAGAGAGCAUAAAGCUAUUGCUGAUGCCCUUUUGAAAUACGAGACACUUGAUGCCGAUGACAUCAAAGCCAUAAUGACGGGAGAAAGAGUGAACCAUGGUGCUCCACAUGAGUCUGCAACAUCAUGA